AUGGCGUUCGGACAGGGAAGAAACUCUGCUAUAUUUGUGUUUGCAGUGGUUGUGGGCUGCUUUGCAAUAUUAUAUCCAAAAAUAUUUUAUCCUAUAAUCAAGAGCACAUUCUUCUCUAGUUCGAGAGACAAAUACGAGGAUGAGUUUAUUCCACCGUCGCACAUGGGCAGAGGAAAACCCAUACGGCGGGUUUCAUCAGAUGUACAGCGACCACCUAUGCAUGCAGAUGGAGGCCUGGGCUCUAGGGGUCCACCAUUGAAUCCUGCGAUGCGAGGUGCACAAGAGGCGAGGAAGCUACCUGAGAGCAGCAAGAGCAGCAUGCACACCUACAUGCCAGUCUGUGCAAUAGGGGUCAUCAUAUUCCUCUUAUAUACAUUCUUUAAGGCAUUCAUGAAGAGAGAGCCUGAUCCGCAGGAGGAGGAGAUCAUGCGCAACUACUACAAGAAGCUGCAUUAUAAUGAGCGGGAGAAAAAGUUUGAGUAUGAUGACUUGGAUGAAUAUGGACUUGAUCCAGACUAUGUCGACUUUAUCAAAAAACGUAGAGCGGCUGGACAAAGAGGAGGUCAACGGGAAGAUAAGUACAUAGGCACACAUGAGAUGGAUGAACUGCAGAAGAGACUUGAAGAGACUGAGGGAGCAAUGGACAAGAUAAUGACACAGAUGAACAUCCUCAGUGACAAGCUGGCAAACACUGGGGUUCUGCAAGAUCUUGAACGGAUCAACCGGACAGUGAGGGCUAAAACCAAGGGAGGCAUUCUGACAAAGGAGCAGAUGCAGGCCAGACUAGACCGUGUCAUGCUACAGAUGCAACUCAUCGCUGAUGUUGCGGAGUCUGAACAACAGCAGAAGCAAGAUGCAACCGAGGAGGAAAAGUCUAGUACUGGCACCAGUUCCACACCAGAUCUAGAUGGUUUUAAUAUUGUUUCAAGUGAAACCCAGUCAAGUCCAGAUAUGGAAGGAUAUGAAGUUAUUGACAAGGAUCACAACAGAAAAAGUGAAGAAAGGCAUGUUAAUGAAAAAGCGGAAUCUAGCCGUACUUCCUAUAACAUUAAAGUUGAAGAUGUUGGCACCACAUCUGAUACUGGCUACAAGGCGUCUGAUACUCGUGACAUCACAGCUAAGACAUGUGACCCCACAGCUGAUGUUGAUGAUACCACAGUGGACAGUAGAACAGAUGGUACUAGCAACACCACAGCUAUGUCAGAAGGUACAAUUGCUGAUGGAGGUGACACGUCCAUAGGUGACACAGGUGACAUUACCAUGGAUCAGGCAGCAGAUGAAGAAACAGAAGAAACCGGCAAUAGAGAAUGCCAGAGUUCACAAGAAUACAAUCAUGCCCAAGCUGUCAGGGAUCAUAGUGGUAACUCAUCUGCUUUCAAUGAAGACAGCACUAAUCAAGAUGAGUUGGAUGAGCUGUGUAUGGAAGCAAGCCAGGUAGUCACCGAGAAAAUUGAGGAAUAAUGUUGAAUACUGCAGAGUUAGAUACUCAUAUGAACAUCUGAGCAGUGUGAUGAUGGGAUUUGUGUUGUGUCAGAAUAUGUUAUCUCCAGUUGACACUUGUAGUACAUUGACAUGGGCAAAUAUCUCAAAACACAGGACCACAAUGCCUUUUUUAUAUAGAGAUUUGCUGUUUUAUAGUUAAGUAGUUUCAAGUAUAACACAUCUCUUCUAGUCACCUUUCUGUGGUGAAUUGCUAUGGUAUUCUUUAUGAACGUUAAGCAGCAGGGCAUUAGUAAAAUCAACAGUACAUUAGUACUGAUGCCAUUUAUCUAGUAUUUAUUCAAUUUGAUCCUACAUUGUCCCUGAGAAUAUGCAAUGAAAAUUAACACAGAUUUUAGUUGCAUGCAAUUAAUGCAUAUACACUGUAUGAUUGAUGUAUCUAACACCAAUCUUAUAAGUUAUGACCCAUGACUACUGAUACCUGCCCUUUGGUAUUUUCAGGAGCACAUCAUACCAUGUGGUGUGAUGUGCUUCUAGUAUUAUUCAGAUAUGAGACAUAUUACUAGAUGGUUUAUGAAAAAACAAAAAUUUCAUAAGCAGCAUGAUGUUUACCUAGUAUGAUUGCGAAAAUCUGUACCUGCAUGUGUCAAUGGCAUAAGGUAUGAUAAGUAAAGUGUUGCAGUGCGCUUGUGUGCUUCUUCCACAUAUGUGAUCUAAUCCCUAUCUGAUUUAAAUUGGGGUGAGGAUCACAUAUGAUUAAAAUCAGAAAGUCGCGUGUAUCCCUGUUUUAACCCUAUGUGAUUUUAAUUUACACAAAACCUUAUUAACAGUCACACAAGUGAAAGGGGUCAUCAGAUUCAUGGAUGUACAUAGGACCUGGAAGCAGUUUAUAUGUAUAUAUAUAUAUAUAUAUCAGAAGUAGAUAAUAGGGAAUUAUCCUAUUAUCUACGUCUGAUAUAUAUAUGUAACUGAAUUCUAUAGUAUAUAUAGUUAUAUGUGAUAUGCAUUAUCUAUAUCCUCACAGAAAGAAAAUAAAGUGUGAAUGUGAGUUUGUAUGUUGAUAAUGACAAGUCUAUAGAUUUGAAACUGGCAAUACAUAGUGUCUUCUAAGAUGAUUUCUAGUUCAGGAAAUUGUUUCUAAAGGCGUCUUCAGUGUGGUAGUUACCGCGUACGGACAUGUGCAAUCAAUUGGCAUAAUAUCGGUAUUUAUACAGAAUGUAUUUAUGAAUGUAUGCGCGUGUGUGCGUACAUGGGUGCGUGUGUGUGGUUUCUAAACGAAGUAGGCAUGGAUAUGAUGUAGUACAUGGCACCUAUUUCAAGAAUGUAUUAUAAUCUCGAGUCAUUUUACGUGCAAUGCAAUGAGCAGUGUUAAUGUUAUGUGUGAACUAGGACCAAAGGCACUGUUGAAGACUUAUUUCACGUUUGUUUGAUAAUGAGAACGACAUUGUUCUCUUAAGUUGUUAAUAUAGUAUAAGAUGCGGUAAUUUAUUGUAAAUGUCAGCUAAUUUAUGGAAUGUAACCUAAUCAUUACACACUUGACGAUACUUCCGUGUGUAGCUGAAGCAUCACUACUUAUUGUUACUCGUAUCCUUCUUCGUAUACGCUUAAAGGUAUAAUAUGUAGUGUUUAGACGCCAGCUAUGUAGGCCUUAUGUUCAUGUUAUGAGAUUUCUAACCCGUUUUCGGUUUAAAGGUUUGCUGACCUAAUAUGCCGACCUAAUAUGCUGCGGCACCAAUUUGGACGUCAAGGUUUCAACGUUAGUUUAGCUAGAUUUCGAUUGUUUGUUCCUAAUGUGUUAAAUUAUAGUGUGGCUGAAAGAUAUAGAGGUAGACAGACUGUUACUAGUUCAAUAAAAUACGAGUAUAUAUGUA